AGCACAACUCCAUCUUGAGCGUCCUCAACACCUUUCAACACAAAUGCAGCCUGGUACGCUUGUGCACCCUCCUCCACUGAUACCUCAGUUUUCUCAGUUUCAAGUUUCUCCACCACCAGCUAUGCCAGCUAGAACGUUUCCUCCUCCACCAUUGCCUGUACAUGACGAGUCAGCACUUGCUCCAGAAGUCAAAGAAGACAAGUUUCUUGCUCAACAACCGUGUUCCUCCACCAUCGGUGAUGACUGGGAAGUCAUUGACAUCCCAGUGCAGUCUUUCUUGGAAAGAUUGGCAAAUUGGGAGAUGCAAAUUCCAGCAAACAAAUAGAAGUUAAGUGGAAGAGUCGGUCUUUGUAAAAGAUGCAGCUGCGAAAUGCUUUUCAAUCUCUUAACUGUUCUUUAAUCUUAAACAUAUCUUUAUUAUGUGAUGUGAUUGAUACUCAUGGUAGACUAAGAUCUAUGUUUCUUGAAUUCC